UCCCAGAACCGAGGCAGGACAGAACCUGUGGUGCCCCGCAGCACAGAGGAGCGACAAGAUGAUCCGCCGGAAGUCCAGCCAAUUCCAGGGACUGAAAAUGCAAUCAGAGCUUGAACAGCACUACGAACUGCGGAGAGAACCCAAGAAAGCCCUCAGGUCAUUGGAUGAAUCGGCCACGCGGAUGGGAACAGGUGUGCAUACCGAGUCGGGAACCGUGGCUUCGGUGAAUGCGGAUGAGGAUCCUGCAGCCGACUUGUUCCCGCCGCCACUGCCCCAGCCCCGGAUCUGCAUAUGGAAGUACCUGGACAGCCAUUCCAUGCACAGGCUGGAGAAGACAGCCAAUGUUGAGGAGAUGAGGGAGGUGCUGGCCGAGCUGUUGGGACUAGGCUCUCCUGCGCAGAGCCUGCGGGACGCCAUCACCCUGGACCUCUUCUCCCAUGCACUCAUCUUCUGCCGCCAACAAGGCUUCUCCCUGGAGCAGACAUCAACGGCUUGUGCCCUGCUCCAAGAUCUUCACAAGGCCUGUAUUGCAACCCCCUUGGGCAACGUGGAGGAAUGUUACCGCUACUUCACCAGUGUUCUUUUUUGCCACGGAAUCAGGCGGCCCCCCUUCAGUAUCAACCUCUUUAAGGAGGAACAGCUGCUGGCCCUGGCAGAUUAUGUGGUCAACACCUACUUCCGCCACUUCAAGCUCUACAAAUAUGUCUUCACACCCCAGGUGCGGCUGGAUCUAUCUUUGACUUACAUGGGGCUACAGGCACCCAAGCUCUGGCCAAAGGAUGAGACGGGUAAGGGAGAAUGCCGGGGCGAGGGCUGGACUGGGCUGGGGCUGAAGCCUCCUCCUGCCUUCUGGCUUGCAGAGAAAGAAGAGGGUGAAGAGGUGGAGGAGCAGGCACUCACCCCAGAUGAGGAGGAACCGGAAACAGUGGUCCAGCCAGAGCCAGAGCCAAGCCAGGUCUCCAUCCUCCGGGCCUACAUCAAGACCCAGAUGAACAAGGAACUGGAGCAGCUCCAACAACUGGUGGAGGAACAGCUCAAGGCCAGUGAGGAAAGGCUCAGCAGCAAGCUGACCGCACUCGAGCGGCCCCUCCAGCUACCUCCAGGCAAAGGCAAGAACAAGACCUAGUGACCCCCACCCUCUUCCCCAAUAAAGACCU